CACCGAAGCAGCACGUGGUUGGCCGGAGUCGAGGAGGACGCUGAAGUUAGCAUCGCGCGUGCUAACGCGAAUGCAUGGGCCGAUUCUCGUGACAGCGAUCAUCGAUACAGGGCCGAGAACAAUUCUCAAGAAUGGCUUCAGGGUCGCACCGAAGCCUGAAGAGUGCCAGCGAGCAUUCCGCAGACGCCACUCGGCAACAAGAUGUACUUGCGAACCCGGCUUUGUGCAAAUCUCUCUACCGCUUGUCGGAGGAUCCUUUCAAGCAGCGACUUGCGUCGUCUGGCAAGAGCACGGUGGCUCUGCUGGCGGCGUCCCUGCCUUCAUCGCAAGGCGUUCCACCGCAGGAGACAGCGGUGCCCGCGGAAGUCGCGACCGUAUCGCGCCCGUCACCUAUCCUGAGCAGCCCCAGCCUAGGUGGCUUCAGCGACGUGCGCAGGCUGUCGCCGGUAUACUCGCGCGACGAGGACCGCUGGAGCCCGCGAAGCAUGAGCCGCCUCUUCUCGCAAUCCACGUACGGCUAUGACUUCGACCUGGCGUCGCUGUCGCAUCACGUGAGCUCCGCGGCCGAGGAGCGCGGUCUACGCGGUCACGCGGGUGCCUGCCCGCGGUACACGCUGGUCACGUUUCUGGUUGCGGUGCUGGUGGCCUGCCUCACGGCGGUCGUGGUGGACAUGAGAUGGACCGCCCUGGCCCGCGACCACUGGCGACGGCUCUUGGUAGACGAAGACCUUCCUCCGGUUGCGCUGGCGCCUGCCGAAGGCAACACGUCGGUGGAGAGGACCCCGUAUCUUUCGCGGACUCCCAUGGCCACAAGCGAGUUGUCGUCGAAGGCCAGUCAAGAGUUCGAAGUUACGGCGGGUGACUUAACGGCUGCGCAUGACGAGCGGGAGGACGCCGCCAUAGUCAUGAAGGUCACCAAGCCGCCAAGAAGCGAGAAAGUUGCAACGAGAGGAAGGAAGCGCACCGUAGCGCUGAGGCGGGCCACGUCGUCUCUGCCGCGGCGGCCCUCGAGUACGAAACGCCCUCGCACGCGACGUCCUACGGCAACGAGGCGGGAAGGGAAGUUAGGUUCUCGACGGAACGUCCAGUCGGCACCGAUACGCAGGCCUACUAAGCACAAGUGCGGCCUGGCCUUCUACACGUACUGUUCGACGUUCCGGCACGAGGCCUACUACCGCCACACAACACGUUCGUGCGUCCGUACUGUCACGGACGACGUGCACGUGUGCAACCACUCCCCAAACAGAUUCACCUCGCGCAGCGAGUGCCAGAGAAAAUGCGUCCGCAACCCGAUGCCCUCGGAGGCCUGCUUCGAGAAGACGCUGUUCUCCUGGUGCAACAGACGAGACGUUAGCGCCAGCUGGUGGGUUUUCGACGGCAAGCGAUGCCGGCCGUGGCAUUUCCCGAAGGGCCUAUGCCCAAGCCCCUACGACAGCGACGUCUUCGGCAGCCUCGGCGAAUGCGAGCGCCGCUGCUCAUCGUCGGUGGAUGUAGGCGUUGACGGCGCCAGGCGCCGGGUGACGUGUAGGGGACCUGGAGAAGGAGUCACGUGCGACUCCCACGUCCUGCGGUUCCCGUACUUUGCCGACAUGUCGACCGGCGGUGAUGGUCGCGUGCGCUGCAUCAGGGCUUCGGCAGCGACCUUGCUCACGCACCGGUGCCUUGUCGGCUCCAACCGGUUCUCCUCGGACGUAGCCUGCAAGCGAGCCUGCGUGGACGGCGUCACGCUCAGGCGCGGGAAGAACGUAUAGUCAGCGUAAUGAAGUCGUUUCUACAUUUA